UUCGUUUCUCUUUUCCUUUUUAGUUCUCUAAAAUGGAACACUCUAAACUCUCAAACCCUCUCUUAUCUCUCUCCACGUUCAUUCACCAGCACUGUCUCCGGCUCGGCGCCGAGCUCUCGACUCGGCUCGGCGACACUACUUGGGCCGUAUCUAACAACCUACUGCCCGGGCUAAAUAACAGGAAGCAUCGUCCGGCGCCGUUGUUCGCAUCUGUCUCACAGCAGCCGAAGCAAGCCUCAGGUCUGAGCUCAGAACACGUGGCAAAAACACUUGCUGGCACGGCUGUUUAUACAGUGAGCAAUUCGAAUAAUGAGUUCGUGCUUGUCUCUGAUCCUGAUGGAGCUAAAUCAAUUAGCUUGCUCUGCUUUCGACAAGAAGAUGCUGAAGCUUUUCUCGCUCAAGUUCGGUUGCGAAGAAGAGAAUUAAGGAGUCAGGCAAGAAUUGUUCCUAUUACUCUUGAUCAGGUGUACAUGUUGAAGGUGGAGGGAAUUGCAUUUCGGUUUUUACCUGAUCCAGUUCAAAUAAAGAAUGCUUUAGAGCUGAAAGCCUCUGAUACCAAGCGUGGGUUUGAUGGAGUUCCCAUUUUUCAGUCAGAACUUCUAGUUGUGAAGAAGAAAAACAAGCGUUACUGCCCGAUAUAUUUCCAGAAGGAAGAUAUAGAAAAAGAACUUUCAAAGGUUUCAAGGGCAUCAAGAGGGCCUGGUCUUUCCCAACAUAUUAUGGUAGGAAGUUUAGAGGAUGUUUUGAGAAAAAUGGAGAUGAGUGAGAAGAACUCGGGCUGGGAGGAUCUUAUCUUCAUUCCACCUGGUAAAAGCCACUCGCAGCACAUUCAGGAGGUGGCAAAGGUAUGACCCAUUGCAUGUGUUACUCCAGGAGACCAUAUAAAAGGAUAAAGAGCAGCGAAUAUAUUACAUGCUUCCAGGCUCUCAAUGAAAAUGAAGCAGGAAUUGGUCCGGAGUAGCCUUGGGAUACAAGAAGAGAUACAAUGUCAAUUUGGAAAAGGAAUAAAAUAAGAGAAUGGACUAACAUUCAAGUCAGUUAAAGAGGUCAUUGAAUUGCAAACGUUAAAUGCUCGACUUAUAGGAACUUCUACAUUGUCUGCACAGUAUCUGAAUUUGGUGCUCAGAAAUUGUUAACAGACCAUGAUGGUUUAGACACUUUAUGAAAUGGCAAUUGUUUCCAAAUGUUUGUGCCA